AUGGACCCUCCACCAAUCCCACCUCGAUCGCAGUCAAGUAUGGUGACUUCGAAUGAAUCUAAAACUUACCAGUGAGUACAAUGUAUUUCAUACAUGUGAUAACAGUGAAACGAUUUAUAGUUAGAUAUAUUUUUAUGGCUCAAUAUGAAUCAUUAUGAUUGAAAUUAAAGUUCUAAACGGCUAUUAAUAUUUAACGACUUUACAAUAUAAGUAUGAAUAUAAUGAAUUAAUUAAAUUGUCGAAUCCUCUGGGCAAUUAAAUGAAUAUGUGUUGAUUUACUAGUUAUAGUGUACAGGUUAUUAGUCCAGACUCAGGUCUAUCAUCAGUAUUUUGUAGUAUGUAAAUAGCAUUGCCGGGUUCAAAAACUUCGCCAUUUACUUUUAUACAUACAAUUCCAAACAAUAAUGAGUUUGUCAUACUCUCUAAACAUGAAUAAGUGAAUAUUCACUUAUUUAAGUGAGAACCGAGCCACUGACUUGAAAAAGUGGCUCGAUUGGCACUUAAGUUAAGUGAAUAUUCACUUAUUUGACGAAUUUUCACUAAUUCAGUUUUAGGGAGCAUCGUAAAUUCAGUAACUUGACCAUGCUCUACAUAAUUUUUUAAAAGCUUCUUUGCUAUAUUUUCUCUGAUAUUUUCUUUUUUAAAUAACUGCAGUAACCCUUGACAUUUUUAAAUGAAUUAAAACGGCUUUCAUUAGAGUGACGCUUGUAGUAAUUUUAAUAAGCAUAUAUUUGUAUCUGACAAAAUUUCAUUAAAUACAAAUAAAAUUAAGUAAGGAAGUUCUCAAUUAUUUUUUGGAGAGCGAAUUUAUUAAUGUAAAAUAAAAUUGCUUGAUUUUGGCAAGAAGAUAGUGAAGGGCUACCUAUAGCGCUUUCGCGCUAUAAGGCGUGCAAUUUAUAAUUAUACAAUAAAUAUUUACAGAUAUGUAGUAGUGUUUCGGAAAUAAAUCUCUUACGCGUUUUUACAAAAUAGAUAUAAUGAAUUUUGGUCAGGAGGCUUUAGGAAGAAAAAACUCGCUCGAAUUUACACGCUCCUGCAUCCAACGGUUUCUUGAAAGCAAAUUUCUGUGUGUGUGAGCUUUUCCCCGUCAUAACUGGUGUAGAGAUUGACGUAUAUCAAAAUUCAUUUAUUUUCAAUUUCCGCAGUCAACAUGGGACGGAUGGGUGCUCCUUCUCUUCCACUGAAGCAAGAGAGAUUGAAUUUGUUUGGAACGUCACAGCCCCCUUGUCUUCCUCCACGAAGGGAUCCUCCACCAAUUCCACCGAAGCCGGCGCAUUUGAGCAAUACUUACAAGGGGUCACUGCCUCCUAGGCAG